AUGGACAUCCCAAUCGCCGCAAAUAUCCUAGGAACAACUGGGGCAGUCUGCUGGUCAAUCCAGCUUCUGCCUCAGAUCUUCAUCAACUAUCGACGACACAACACCGAAGGUUUGCAGGGGUCCAUGAUGCUGUUAUGGGCCUCUGCUGGAGUCCCGCUUGGCGUCUACAACAUCGUCGAAGAACUCAACGUCGCACUGAGAGUCCAGGCGCAAAUAUUGACAUUUCUCAGUCUUGUGACCUGGGCGCAAUGCCUUUACUACGGAAAGAAAUACUCGAUCCGAAAAUGCACUGCUGCAGUCGUUUCUCUAUUACUCCUCCUCGGCGGCAUCGAGGCAGGACUGAUUUUCGCUCUCCGGGUCGCAAAGCGCCGCCACCUUGAAUGGCCAAUGAUCCUCAUGGCCGUCCUCAGUGCCUCGUUAUUAGCUGCUGGGGUACUCCGACACUACUGGGAUAUAUACGUACACCGAACCGUGCGUGGAAUCAGCUUUAUCUUUGUCGGCAUCGACGCCGCGGGCGAUUUAUUCUCCCUGGUAUCCGUCAUUUUCGAGCGCCGAAUAGAUGUCCUCGGAAUGGUGAUAUACGGGACCGAGUUGGUUCUGUGGAUCGGCGUCUUUAUUUGUGGCUUUGCGUUCAAUUUCCUGCCGUGGAUUACCGAGCGAUCGAGGAAGGAAGCUGCGGAACUUGCGCAGGAGAGGCAAAUCUCGCUUCAUGAUAUGCCGUCUUCCACUUCGGUGUUCCGGACCGCUUCUGGCUCGGAUGUUGUCACGAGGCGCGGGCAGCGUCGGGCUUGA